CUAGGUAUAUACCUAAACUUUAGACUUUUAUUUAAGAAGUAUAUUAAGGUUAUUAUAGAAAAAGCCCUUAAGGCAGCUAACUUUUUAAAAUCCUUUAAUAAAAUAAUUAAAGGGUCUUUAUUAAAUAUAGUAGCCAUGGCUGCUAAAGUAUAUAUUAUCUCGGUUGCUUUAUAUAGGCUGGAUGUAUAG